AUGAAAACAAUUACCUCAUCAUCAGUUUUGAGUUUAAGAGACGCUCAUGAUCAAAUUAAACAAUGCAUUCAACUAAUUGAAUCUAAACAGGCAGAACCUAACUGUGACAAAUUAUACGCGCACAUAAUAAUAAGAAAAUUGGAUAAAGAAGGUAUUCAAUUAUAUGAACAAUACAUUAAAAAACCAAGAGAAAUAAACACACUAAAAGAUGUAUUUGAAUUUCUGGAACAACAAUUCCAAACUCUGGAAGCCCAAAAUAGCCUUAAAACAUCAAGAAUAAACUAUAUUAAUCCAGCAACUGACAUAAGAAUUCAGAACAAUACUAUCCAAUGCCAAUGUUGUAAUCAAUUAGGUCAUCGGAUGUAUAAUUGCAAACGAUUUAUGGACAUGUCGAUUGGACAACGAACAUCAUUAAUCCGCAAUAAACAACUAUGCGAGAUAUGUUUGAGUCAUAAUAAUCGCAUUAAAUGCAACUCUACACACAAAUGCAAAAAGUGUAAUAAAGCUCACAAUUCUCUUUUACACAUGGAAUACAAUUUAAAUCAACGUCAGCAAAACAGCAGAAACAACCCAAAAAUUAAUAAAGAAGGAAAAACUUAUUCAACAAUAAUAAAAGAUAAGAAACAAUUAACCUUACUUCCAACUGUAUUAAUCAGCACAAAAUCAUCAGAUGGAAAUAUUCAUCAAUUGAGAGCCUUGGUAGAUCAAGGUUCGCAAGUAUCAAUGGUGUCUGAGAAGGUAGUUCAAUUAUUGAUAUUAAAAAAAAUGAAACACAUGACCAAAUUGUCAGGGGUAUCUAACACAACGGUUGGUACAUCAAACGCUAGAGUCUUUAUGGAAAUAUCAUCAAGGUUUGGCAUCAAAAAGAAGAUAAAAGGGGAAUUUUUAGUAAUGUCACAUCUAGUAAGAUCAUUGCCAGAAGAAACAAUAGAAAUAGAAACCAAAAUUUGGGAUAAUUAUAAACUAGCGGAUCCUGAAUUUAAUAAGAAUGGUUGUAUUGAUAUGACAAUAGGAAGUGACCUUUAUCCAAAAAUAAUUAAAGAAGGCAUCAAAAAAUACAAUAACCUAAUAGGCCAAGAAACCAUAUUUGGGUGGAUGAUUUCUGGUCAAAUAUUAGCAGAUGCAGCUAGUAAUGAUGUUAUAUCAACUUUAAACUUAGAAAGAUUUUGGGAAAUAGAAGAAAUAGAAAAUGAAAAGGAAAAACCUAAUUCCGACGACGAAUUGUGCCUAGAUCUAUAUAAAACAACUACAAUAAAAGACACUGAUGGAAGAUAUAUUGUUCAAAUCCCCUUUAAAGAAGACUUGUCAUUAGGUAACUCAAGGAAGCAAGCAGUAGCCAGAUUAUUGAGCUUGGAGAAAAAUAUUAAUAAAAAAUUAAAAAAGGAGUACGCUGAAUUUAUGAGAGAAUAUGAACAAUUAGGUCAUAUGGUAAAAACUAAAGACCAAAAUAAAGGAUUAUAUUACAUGCCACAUCAAGCAGUAAUCAGAGAGAAAAGUUUAACGACGAAAUUACGAGUAGUAUUUGAUGCGUCCGCCAAAACAUCUAAUGGAAAAAGUCUUAAUAACAUAAUGAUGACAGGUCCACGAUUGCAAAAAGAUAUUUUUGAUAUUAUAUUAAAAUGGAGGUUAUGGAGAUUCGUAGUAACAGCAGAUGUAGAAAAGAUGUUUAGACAAAUAAAAAUAACGAAAGAACAUCAAGAUUAUCAGCGAAUUCUCUGGAGAGAGAAUCAAACAGAUAAAAUAGAAGAGUUUAAACUAACUACAGUCACAUAUGGAACAGCUUCAGCUGCAUUUUUAGCAGUCCGAACACUACAGCAAAUUGCAGGAGAUUAUGAAGGAAAUGUUAAUAUUAAAAAUACGAUUAAAAAUGAUUUUUACAUGGACGAUUUACUAACUGGUGCCGAUACAACGUCAGAUUGUAAAGAUAAAAUUAAUAAAAUUUUUAAUUGUUUAAACAGUGCAGGCUUUAAAUUACGGAAAUGGAUGUCUAAUAAUCAGUCAAUUUUGGAAAAUGUACCCAUUGAAGUCAGCAAUAAAAUACUUAACAUAAAAGAAGACGAUUCAAUAAAAACACUAGGAUUAAAAUGGAAUCCAAGAGAAGAUGAAUUUCAAUUCUCAAUAAACAUUUUAACAAAUGAUAGAAUAACAAAAAGAAUGGUGUUAUCAGUAAACGCAAAGAUUUUUGAUCCAUUAGGAUGGCUGACUCCAGUUACAAUUACUGCAAAAUUAUUUAUACAAAAACUGUGGCAACUAAAGUAUGACUGGGAUGAAAUUCUAGAUGAACAAGUUCAUAAAGAAUACGAGAAAAAUAAUAAAAAUAUACAAAUAAUUGAACAAACUCGGAUUCCAAGAUGGAUGGAAGUAUCAAGUUUGGACAAUUGGGAACUUCACGGGUUUUCAGAUGCUUCUGAAGCAGCCUAUGCAGCAGCAAUAUAUAUUAAAAUAGGUUCAAAAAUAAACUUAUUGACAGCUAAAAGCAAAGUAGCCCCAAUAAAAAAUAAAAAAACUAUUCCCAAAUUAGAAUUAUGCGGAGCUCAUUUACUAGCAAAAUUAAUGAAUAAAAUAAUUAAAAUAUUAGGCAAUAAUCCAGAGGUCUAUUGUUGGAGCGAUUCUGCGAUUACUUUAUGGUGGAUAAAAGAACCAAGAAACAAAGAAAGAUUCAUAAGAACACGAGCGACAGAAAUUAAAAUUUUAAUUCCGAGUGCAGAAUGGCGUCACAUAAGAACAAAAGAAAAUCCUGCCGAUAUAGCAUCAAGAGGCAUAUGUGCAUCCAAAUUAAUAAAUAAUACUCUCUGGUGGCAUGGACCGACAUGGCUAGCAAAUCCUAAAGAGGAAUGGCCAAAAGAUGACCAAAUAGAUGGUUCUGCAGUCAUCAUAACAACAUUAAACACAAAUCAUAUAUCAAAAGAAGAACUUGAUACAGCAAGAAAUGAGAUAAUUCGACAACAUCAAUUAACGCAUUUUGCCGCUGAAAUAUCCAGCAUUAAUCAAGGCAAAGAAAUUAACAGGAUUAGCAAACUAAUUCAUUUACGACCAUUUAUAGAUAAAAAUGGCUUAUUAAGAGUUGGAGGCAGGCUACAAAACGCAACUAUUAAAUAUAACCAAAUGCAUCCAAUUAUUCUACAUAGAGAUCAAUAUGCAGAAUUAAUAAUAUAUCAAGCGCAUCAAUCAACAUUACACGGAGGACAAAAUUUAAUGGAAGCACACAUAAAGCAACAAUAUUGGAUUUUAGGAGUAAGAAAAGGUAUAAAAAAAAUAUGCAACAAUUGCACAAAAUGCAUUAGAUACAGCCAAAACUUUGGAAAACAAAUAAUGGGAUAUAUGCCAAGCCACAGAAUAAAUGUAUCCCAUCCUUUCGAACACACAGGGAUUGACUAUGCCGGACCCAUAUAUAUGAAGUGCUCAAAAGGUCGUGGUCAAAAAUCAUUCAAAGGCUAUAUUUCAGUAUUUAUAUGCAUGUCUACUAAAGCAAUUCAUUUAGAAGCAGUAAGCGAUUUAUCAACAGAAGCAUUCAUGGCUGCAUUAAAAAGAUUCUUUUCGAGACGUGGGAAAAGUGCACAUCUAUAUUCAGAUAAUGGUACUAAUUUUAUUGAUGCAUUAAAAAGACUAGACAAAGAAUUUGGAAAUGCGAUCAAAAAUAAUACAUCAAUAGUUCAAAUUCUCGCAACUGAAAAAAUAGAAUGGCAUUUUAUUCCGCCGGCAAGCCCGCACUUCGGCGGUAUUUGGGAAGCAGCAGUAAAAUCUACAAAAUACCAUUUAAAACGAGUAAUAGCUGUAAAAGCAAUAACGAAUUCAUCAGGGGCCUCAAUACAUAAACUGAACGAUAAGACAGCACUUUACUUGGACACAAUUGGUGAAGUCAACACAGAAAUAUCAGCUUGGAAUUUAAUAUUAUAUUACGAUAUGAAACAAUACUUUAUAAUGACCAAAAAUGCAGAAGAUGUACUGAGUAACGCAAAUGAAAUAUGUCCUAAAUUAUCAAACUUCGCAGAACAAUGCAAAAAUAUUCUAAGUACAAUGUCCAGAAAAUUGGAAGAAAUAAAGGAAGGAAAUAAAUUAUUUAUAUGGUCAAUAAAAGGUAGAACUAAAAGAGCGCCAUUUGCAUUUGUUGGAUCAUUUUAUCACCUUCUUUUUGGAAUGAUGGACGAAGAUGAUCGAAAUGCUCUAGAAGAGAACAUGAAUAACCUAUUAGAUAAUCAACAUGAUUUAAAACAAUUAAUAGCGAAACAAACUUCAGUGGUGGAAACAACAGUAAAUUUAUUGAAGCGCACGUCAAAAGAAGUACAGCUGCAAUAUAAUGAAAUUCGUACAAAAAUUGAGGCAAUAAAAAUCGCCUUGAAUGAAACUUAUUUUGUCUACAAAGAAUCGAUCAAUUUUUUUAUGGUUACAAAACAACUAUCAGACUUAAUAGAAGAAUGCUCUAACAUACAAUCAGAAGUAAUUCAACUCUUAAUGGAUGUCAAUCACGGAAAUUUAAAUCCAAAAUUAAUAAAACCAUCACAACUAAAUGAAGAGAUAAUAAAAAUAAGAGACAAAAUUCCGGAAAUCCUAAUAUUACCUGGAAAAAAAACUGGGACAGAAUUGGAAUCUAUUUACAAACUCUUAAAAGCAAAAGGGAUAUUUUUUGGUACCAAAUUAAUUAUCAAGGCGAGGAUUCCACUGUUUAAUAAACAAUCAUCUACCCUAUACCAGAUAAUCCCUAUACCAAUUAAACAAGAAAAAAGAUAA